AUGAAAGACGCGGCACAGACGACUUCGCAAAGUCAAGAACAGCAGCAGCUGCAGCAGCGUCCUUCCGCUUUGGGGAGGGAGCGGAAGCCGUCGCCCUUUUUAAAUAAACAGCAGCAUUUGCAAAAUACACUGCGCUGCGACUAUGUCCUUUUGUGGUACGAACGAGACCCAAAAUCGCCUCCUGGUCAGUGCCCAAACUUCUUGACCGUUGGGGACCCUAUUCCGGUCUCGCUCUCACAUCACGUGUUUAUGCAGAUGGCGUUCGGGGUACUGAAGGAUCGGUUGAUAUCUGCACCGUCUCGAAAUAAGUCUGUAGAAGUGGAGAAGGGUGUUGGAAAGGGCGAUGUGGCUUUGGAGUCGUCUUCUCGAGAGGCGGAGACACAGACAUCGGGGACACAUGAUGCUGCGGGUUCCAGGAAAAAGAAAACUCCGACAUUGCACGAGCAGGAUGUUGUGGCUUUGUUUUGCUUCUUGUGGCAGUAUGUUUCCAGUAUGCUUCAGUCACAGGCGGAGGCCCUUCAUGCCUUUCGAAGAAAAAAUAAAAAUGCCCCAGCACCAAAAACGACCGUUCGCAUGACAAAACAGCAGCUGCGCCUACAGAUGGUUUUGGAACAUGGCGUGGAUGUACGUCAGUUUCUUGGCGACGGUCUUUUGACAUCAAAUGCUGUGAGCGAGGCCUACUGCAAAAGACUCAUGACCGGAAAAGUGAUGGAGGAGGAGUUUUUAAAUCAACUUUCAAAACCUGCGGGGAUGGCGCAGACUUGCUCCAUGAUGUGA